AUCGAUGCACUGAUUAGUGAAGAACAGCUUCGUAGCCGGUUUAAGAUUGUUCACAAGUAUUUCGAUUUGGACCAUAAAUAUAGGACGUAAUCUGACGAAGGUGCCACUGGAGAUCACUACCAUCAGAUAAUGGCCCAUUGUUACAAAUCCACUAAAGGACAGGCGUCUCGUCGAUUUCGGGACGCUUUAGGGUUAUCAUCGUCUAAGGAGGACGAGAAAAAGUUCGCAGAUAUCAAGCUGGUACUUAGGCUGCUCGCUUAUGAGCACUUUGAGAUAGGUAUCAAGCCGACGCACCAAGGGGAACAGAGGUGGGAGAUGUUUUAUCAGAGGGUUAUGGAAGUACUACCCAUCUUCAACUCAUUGGCAUCAAGACGGUUACCUCAUAUGCGCAUUUAUAUACAUAAGGUCCUCGCCCAAGCUGCAUUUCAUCAACGCAAACGAACGGCAGCUGAAGAAAGUACAUGUACACCCGCUAUCCUUGCUACCAGCAACGAGGAUAACAAAGACCGUGACUCCUGCAGGAUGAACUUGAAAACUACCCAGCCCGGGCCUCCACGAGUUACACAAACACGAGCGACGAACGUUCUACGGUCCUUGGAAGAUCAGCGUCCACGUAGCACUACAGCGUUAGUGCUUGCAUCUGGUUCUCUUUCGCAGACACAGCCAGCUCAGAGCUCAUUCUCUCAGGAAACAACUCAUACUACCAAGGGUGUCACAUCACUCUCUCGCUUUCUCGCGAAAGCAAAUCCCAACAUGGAAUAUUUAAUUCCUAUUUUCUUAUCAGUCGGGAUAACCAAUCAGGAAUGUCUUGAUGCACUUGUGACAUGGCCUAAAUUCGAACUUGUAGAAUUUUUGCGUGGCCUUGUGAGCGAUGGCAGGUUGACCAGAUUUGAAGGGAAGGUUAUUGAAAUGCUCUUCCGUGAGGUGACUGAAAGCUCCUCAAGUUCCAAAAUUUAGAUAUCGCCACGCUGAAUAUCUCAUUUUACAAGGUUGUGUAAUAUUUUCGUGUACAGUGUUGGUGGGCUCCAAAAGGUUAUAUCUUGAAAUCCAGAUGAUGAUACAUUUGUUCACGUGCCUAUGUAUAUUCGUUUCCAU